AUGCGAGUCGGCAAGGCGGCAGCGGUGACCUUUGGUGUGGUUUUUGUAACAUUCCAGGCAGCUGCUCAGGCAGGGUAUGUGAAUGUUAAUUGGGAUGCUGUUCAGCGUGACGUGAUGAGAGGUCUCGACAUGGAUGGUGACGGCGAAGUUACUGAGAUGGACGCACGGGAGGCAGUGGUACGGGCGGUCAACUAUCUGACGGAAAACACAGGGAUUGCUGCGGGAAGCUUUAUGGCUGGCUUCAUCCUGGGUGUUAGAAAAGGAUAA